AGAAUAGCAACUUUUGUUGUCUCGGAUCAAUUAUUUUUGUUUCCAUUUUAACUGCUCGGACCAAGUUUUGGAAAUACUAUUCGGUUUAGGAUUAUUUCUCGUCUCUGGUGACUUUGAUGUAUAGAUAUCUUUCGGUGAAGAAGUUUGUUUAUGAGUUCGUCGUUUUUGAAUGCAGCCGCAGUGAAAGAGCUCAACUCCGCAAGUGAAUGAAGUGAAGGGCAGGAAGUGGCCGUCAAGGCUGCUCCACACCUUUCCGGUGUAUCAGCGCCGCGACCAGCUCGGCUUAGAGAAAAAAGCCCAUUACUGGGAGAAUUAAUCGAAAGUGGAGUGUCCAACGAAGGGGGGCGAGACGUGGAGUUUCCUGGUUGAGUGGAUGUUUUGCUGAAUCACCGAGGACCUUGGCAACUGGGAAGUGGUGACCGAGAGCCGGGACGCAGCCGGUAAAUGAGGAGAGGAACGUUACACGUCGCCUGAGGGACUUCACAACGGCGUUUGUGGUGCAGUAUCUCCCAUUUGCGGACCGCAACCUGUUGUGGAACCCCCCACCUUUGACUGAUUCGGGCUUAAGAAUGACGAUCGCGCAACAGCUGCUGCCAAGUUUGUAGAGUAACGAAGCAUGGUGUGAACAGGCCCAGCGCCCUCACUCUGCUACUUUGAAUGUACACGUCCAAGCACCUCAUAGCAAGUUCUUAUAGUUGGCCCCAGCAUGAGAGUGUUUUUCUAAUAUUGUCAUUGGUAGUCAUGCUUUCGUCCAUAAGCCUGUAACUGAACUGAAGCUAUUGUAGAAUAAGCAUAUUGCUCCUGCCUGAUUUUCUCAUUACCAUCAAGGUAUAUUUAUGCACAAGAAUUGAAAAUGGGGAAAAUGCUCUCUAAGAUAUUUGGGAACAAGGAGAUGAGAAUAUUAAUGCUUGGACUUGAUGCCGCCGGAAAGACAACAAUCCUCUACAAACUGAAACUGGGACAGUCGGUCACUACGAUCCCCACUGUGGGUUUUAACGUGGAGACCGUCACAUACAAAAAUGUCAAGUUCAAUGUGUGGGAUGUCGGCGGCCAGGAUAAGAUUCGCCCCCUGUGGCGACACUACUAUACAGGCACCCAAGGGCUCAUUUUUGUGGUGGAUUGCGCUGACAGGGAUCGGAUCGACGAGGCGCGGCAGGAACUGCACCGCAUCAUCAAUGACAGGGAGAUGAGGGAUGCCAUCAUCUUGAUAUUCGCAAAUAAGCAAGACCUUUCAGACGCCAUGAAGCCACACGAAAUUCAAGAGAAGCUCGGAUUAACGCGCAUCCGAGAUAGGAAUUGGUAUGUUCAACCCUCGUGUGCAACCACAGGUGAUGGACUCUAUGAGGGCCUGACAUGGCUAACCUCCAAUUACAAAUCUUAAUGAUUGAGUGCUGACUGUUUUAGGUCAAAACUAUAAUAAAUUUGCAAAGAACCUCUCCAAUGAGUAUGGUUAAGUACAAAAUGAUUAGCCUCAUUUAUUUUUUAAUACUGCAUUUACCCCAUGACUAAUUUAUCUGGAGAUUGGAUUGCUGGUUAAAAAAAUGCUUGUCCCGUGUAGCAGACUUUUAUCACAUCAUUUUAGGGCUUGCUUCUUGAAUAUUCAAUUAAUCGGUUCUAUUGUGGAUGCCACAAACAGUUCACCACCUUUGCCUGUUUUUCCUGUUUUAUAUCAUUUUCUUACAAUGAUGAAUUUCUCUGCAUUCUUGAGCUGGAUUCUUUUGCUUGUUUUCUGUUAAAGGAGAUCUUAAAUGUUUGGACUUUGACCCAGUACAAUGGAGAAUAGUACUUAGAAAGGUAUUGAAUGCUGCAAAUGAGAUAUUCCCAUCUGUCUUGACUUGAGAGGAAAAAUAUUCCCCAUUUCCUCAGCCCUCUCACUCAUCCCCCCCCUAUAUGGGCUAUAUAGUGAACCGAUGUGUCAUGUCUUGAUUCCUAAUUGUGCUGACUAUUAAACAAAUGGGCCUUCAGUAGCUCUUAACA